ACCUUGGAUGGCUGCGCGGAAUCGGACCCUCUCGUCCGCCGGAUCGCGCGAUCGUGUGUGCUGCUGACAGUGCGAUCGGGAACAUAACGGCGACCCAUUGAGCGCGAGUGUUUGUUGCGCGUUGUGCGCGUUCACCGUGGCAAUCCAACCCCCGCCGUUCGCCAGGUCAUACGCCAGAACGGCCGCGAAGCAGUGAACCAAGAAAAAGAAGCCACCCCGUGCGGCCCAAAACAAAGUGCAAAGAGAAGCUGAAACACCUCUGCUCCGAACGCGGUAUUUGUGCUCUUCCCACCGUACAUCAUCCGGCGAAGACAACGACGACGACGGCGAAUACCUUUCGAAAAGAGAAUUCGGGAUUGUGCUUUUUUUUAUUAUUUUUUCGGGGGCCAGAACCUUCCACCGGCUCUUGAAGGUCGUCCACAGCAUAGCAUUUCGGAUCGCAGCAUAAGCAAAGCGGCCCGGGAUCGUGUUCACGUGUUUUGUGUCUCGUGGUGCGCGGAUUUUAUCUCUUUCUCGUUCGGUGACCCGUUCUCCGUCCUCGGGGUUCCCGUAAAGACGUGCCUUCCAAGCAGUGUGUUCUGUCCAAAACCCCCUUGCGAGUAGUGGCAAGUGAUAAGAACCAUUUGCGGUCCAACACGCCACGCAUUGUUCUCGUCAGUGUGCACGCUGCGCAAUCCAACGUUUGUUGAUUACGUGAUUCGCGCGGAUACGACCACCCCGUAGUGGCUGGUGGGUGAUUUCGUAAAAAUAGGAUCCACCACCACCUCACCAACACUCACUUUCAUACGGGUACGGGACGAAUCUCUGUCAGCGUUCCCCCCGCGCCACAAAAAGGUGCCGGUAACGUGGCUCAAAGUGCAGCAAAACCAGUACGCCAACACUGUUGCGGCCAAUCUUAGCGUCACCUCCGCAAAAUCUUCUACAAAAAAAAAUGGGCGAAAUGGCAGCAGCGAAGGAAGGAAACCAGCGACCGACGACGACGACGGCGAAGCCAGUUGCCCCGGCAGUGCCCGCGCCUGGUGCCGAUGCGCGGCCACGCGUCGAAACGAAUGGGAAACAAGUCAAGCGGAAGCAUUUCUUCGAGAAAUUUGGAACCCUCCUCAAGCAACGCUCCGAUGCGUUCCUGCUGCACGUAAACAAUCCCGUACCGCCGGUUCUCGGCGAGGAAUCGGACUCACCGGGAGGCCCGACCUCGUCCGGACAGCCUGGAAACCGCAAAGCCAGCAGCUCGAACACGAGACCAACGCCGGGUACCGCCACCUCGUCGAACCAACAGAUCAUCCGGAGUUCGGCUGCAGGGAAUGAGAAUAACAUGGAGGAACUGUACGAGAAGAUACUGCACGAGGUGAAGCAGGGCAACAUCGUGGACCGACAGAAGAAGCUCACCCAGAAGGCCCUGUUCGCCUACAUCCAGGAGGUGUUCGGUGUGGACGAAGCAAAGCAUGCCGAGCUGGAGCAGCGCGUCGACACCAUGCUAGCGCAGGACAUUUUUCUGCGAGUCGAGAUUAUUGAGGCCAAGCUAAAGCCAACACCUGCGCCGGAGGUACUACCGAACGCGUUCGCCAUCGUGUAUCUGCAGGAGAAACCGCGUGAACUGCACCGAACCGCAGCGAUCGCCAACACGCUAAAUCCUGGCUGGGGUCAACAGUUUCCGGUGGCUGUCAAGCAGGAUACGAAAGAAACGCUGCUGAUCGAGGUGUACAACAAUGCGAACAAUCCGAACAAGAUGUACCGAAUGAUCCGUAUCGCCAAGAAGUACGUGCGCUCCCUGUUCAUGCCGGUUGCCUCGCAAUGCAAGUUGAUUGGACGAGCAAGCAUUCCCCUGGAGUCCAUUACCUCGACCGGUCUGGUGUCGUGGUACAACUUGUCGAAGAAGAAAAAACCCGACCCUCAGGGUACGAUCAAAGUGAAGUUCUUCUUCACCUCCAAGCUGGAGAAAUCGACGGCCAAGCGGGAGUACGAGCAGAUGCUGCGGUACAUACUGCAGUACGAGCUGCGCAGCUCGAGCGUUGCCCGGUACUGGUGGGCCGGUGAGCUGACAACCGAGGGUGACUCCAUCCUGGUGCAGUACUGCAAGUGCGCUAACCUGACACCGGCCGAGCAAACCGUAAUCCGGUGGUUCGUGUACACCCAGAUACACCUUACGCAUCCGCUCUCGAUCAGUCUGCUCGAGGGCAUGUUGGAUAAACUGAGCGCUGGCUAUGAUACCGGGCUGGCGAGCGAUGACGAGCGGACACGGUUUUGGGAGGGUGUUCGACGGAUUCUUCCCUCCUGUCUGUCGAUCGUGAUGAAGAUGCGAAAGCGGAUAGCCGGUGAUAAGGACAUUGUGAAGACAAUCACCUCCAUACUGCACCUGCUCUCGAAGGCGGAACAACUGGCGACGAAGAAGGGAAUCGUGCUGUUUGACGAAGCGACCGUAAGAUCCAUCAAACAACAGGCACUGGACUGCACGAAACAUUCCACCAUGAAGGAUGCCGUGGUGCUCGCGGUGCAGCUGGGUGCCCGGACCUGGUUCGAGACGUUACUGGCCAGCGCCAUCGAGGGAACGCUCUCGAACGAGGAGAAACUACGCUCGCUGAUCAAGUUCGUGCAGAUGCUCCAGUCCGAUCUGCUGCGGGCAAAAACGUACUACGAUAGCGUUUUCAAAGAAGUCAUGGGAAUCGAUUACAGUCGGGAGAUUUGCAUCCAGCACGAAACGCGUAUCGUCUCACACCUGCGCCCGAUCGUGCAAACCAUCUGCAAUGGCUUCAAGAAGAUCACGCUCAAGAUGGAGCAGCUCGAUCGGCGGGCGGAGAUGGAAAGUCUCGACAUGAGCUCCACCCUGUUCGAGCUCUACCUCGUACUGAAGCUCUUCCUCCAACAAACGGACACCGUCGUCCAGAGUGCCCACAAUCCGUACCUGGUCGAGUUCCACCAGUGGUUCCGCGGUGGUGUCGUCUACUAUCUGGAUGUGUUUGCCAUCAAAACGUUCUCGCGCGUGGUUACCGUACUCGAAGAGGAUGAGCUGAAACAGGUACAGCUUACCCCGGCUGCCGAUCAGUCACCGGACACGGCGCGCAAGUACACGGCUUCGACGGGUGAAAUACUGGAAAUUGUGGCACAGAUCAAGAUCUUCUGGCAGCAGCUCGCCUGGCCGGAUAAGGAUGAGCUGAAGAAGUUCCUUAAACGAAGCAUUGGUGACAUCUGUAGUUGCUGUAUCUUUUACGCCGAUCGCUUGCUGGUUAAAUUAAAAACAAUGGAUGCAUCCACUGCAACCACAGACACUGUUGUUAAUGGCGCCCCGCUAGCCACACUUGACCGAUCGCUGGUAGUGCUAUCGAACGUUAGCAUUCUGACGGACACGCUGAUAAGGCUACCGGACGAGCUGGGCUAUAGCCGCAGCAGGGAUAGUGCGAGCAGUGGCAACAGCAGUGGUGGUAGUGAGAAUGGUCGAAAGACUUCCCUGGAGCUACUGUUGGCCGACGAUAUGCUACCGAUUCAAAGUUUGUCCAGCUGGCGAGAGCGAUGCUUACAGUACAUCACCGAACACGUGUCCCUGACGACCACGAACCUGCUGACAGCCUGCGUAGACGGUGGACUUCCGGGAAGCACCAGCAACGGCACUGGAUUCUUCUCCAACAAAUCUGCCCAAUCUCCGGCCGAGAACGUUGUCCGGUUAAAGCACUGGAUCGAGCAAUCGGCCUCCAGGCUGGGUAUGGAGCUAUCGCAGGACGAUUUACGCUCCGUUGAGCAGAAACUGUGGACCGCCGUCGAAGCGAAGCUAACUGAGUUGAUCAAAAAGCUCCUAGAGAAGAAAGACUCACUGGCCACCUUUCAACGAUUGAACGGUUGCUAUACGCUGCUGACGCUGCACUACUUCCACACGCUCAGCGACACGAUCAGUAGCUCGACGAUCGGCGAGCGGCUCGAUAUCUUUAGCUGCAGCACCACCGAGCUCCUUCACCGGUACUAUCUCGAGCGUCUCCGGCAGCAGGACGAACUGGAAGAACCGGAAUGUGGACUGUUGACCGUGCGCUGCUGGUUCCAGCCGGACGGACUACAGAUCAAGAUUCUGCGAGCCGAUCAGCUGCAGCUUCCGAAAGACUAUAAGCACUCGUGCGAUAGCUACGUUAAGAUAAACGUGAUCCCACCGGAUCGCUUCGGGCCACCACCGUUACCGGAGCUGAAGACAAAGACCAAAUCCAAGAACUUCUCGCCGGUGUACAACGAAUCGUUCACUCUAAAACUCAAUCCGGUUCAACAUUCCCUGAAGGAUGCGCUGCUGAUGAUGAACGUGAAGGUGUCGGAGCUACUCGGCCUCAAUCAGAAGCACAUCGGCGAGUGCUUUGUGCCUCUCCAAAAAGUGCCCAUCCUGACCGAUGCAAGCAUGGCACACGAAGUCCAACCGAUCACCCUUCCACUAAGCCUUCCCUUCACCAUCGAAUCAUUUUCGGUGGCGGCACUGGAAACUCGCACCAACGACAAGGUGGCAUCACAGUUCCUGAAGAAGUUGAAGCAAAAGAUGGGCGUCGCACCGUACACGAUGAGUACGCUGAGUCUUUAGUAGGGCGGCCUGCGCCAUGAGCAGCGCCUAUCCUUUUGCCGUCUUGCCGUGACAUACUCCAUGCCAUUGUGUGAUAAUACAGGGAGUGAAUAGUGAUACGAAUGAUCUGAGUGGUGCAAUCAGAGAUUGUUUAAGAUAAAGAGAUUUACUCGUGGCCAUUCAAUCCACGCUGUCAUUGGGAUAAGGUUUAAGGAACGAGAAUGUUUGAUGUAUAGUCAUUCGAUAUGGACCACGUGCUCGGGGAACGACACAGAUAAUUGUAAAGUCGUGUGUGCUGUUAAUAACCUUUUUGUACUUGGCUAUGUUAAGGAAUCAAUAAACUAAACAUUACUUUUUUAAACACAGGAA